AGCUGUCCACAAAAACCACAUAAAACCAUUUAAAAUUAAAAUCGAAAACAAAAAAAAAAAGAAGAGGAAACUCGAAAAAAAAAAAAAAAUCUGGAAUAAAAUCGACUGCAGCCAAGAGUAGACGACCGACCGAACCAAACGAGCAGCUAUUCAAAAUGAAAAAUGUGAAAAUGUAAAGCAAUUAAUAAAUAAUAAAAAAACGAACCGCAAACGGAUUUGAAUAAAAAUCCAGAAUCCUGUCCAAAACCAAAAAAAAAAGAAGAAACGACAACAACAAAUCACACAAUCUAAAAAGCGGUUACAAAAACAAACAAUAGCCGAAUCUCCGCUCUAAACCACCAAUGUCAUAAAAAAAUAUUUUUGUUAAAACUAAACGAGUUAUUCGGGCCAACCAGUCGCAGACAUGAUGGUCAUGACCAUAUGAACUGCCGCUAAAAGAGAAUUGCCAACAAAAAAAAAAAAAAAAAAAAAAACAACUACUACUACUCGAAGAGUGGAUAGAUAGUUAUAUGGACACACCGACCGACCGGAGUAAUAAAUGGAAAUAAAUGUCAUGUCCAAAAGUGAAAGUGAAUUACUGGCCAUACCGGACAUAGUCAGGGCCAAAUUUGCCACAACUACCUCCCGCCAUUGUAGCAACAGAAACAAAAAUAACAGCAACAACCACUCCAGAUCUACGACCCACAAAAAAGCCACCACAAGGGGAGUGGCUAAAAGGCUUAGUGGGGCCUCAAAUUGCUGUCAUCACCACCCGGACAAUGAUGAUGAUAAUGGCGGUGAUGAUGAUGAGUUUGAUGAUGACAACAAUUGUGGCCACAAGUUAGUUAGGCAUAGCCGAUCCAUACCUCACCCCCCUGCAACACUGGUGUCCCCCCACAAAAGCCAAAAAAUGAAACGGAAACGUAAAAUACCGGAAAUUCCAUGGCUAAUUGUUGCAAUUUGCUUUAAUUGUUAUGUUAUAUAUCGGGAGGCCAGUGCGGCCAUAGCCCAACCCUCAGACGCCACUUCUUCCAUCACUGCAACAUUAUCACGGUUCUCAGUGCUCAGUGACAAAAACUCCAGUAUCAGCAACAAACUAUUAACCUCUUCAUUAUCCGCCAAUCGUAGCAGCCCAUUCGUAACCCAAACCUCAACAUUUAAUGUUGCACGUUUGAAACGUGCCACACACUCUUCGCCGGAUGGCCGCCAUAUCGAUGUGGAUGUGGACCUGGAUCCCAACGAUAUGCAUGGCCAUUUACAGCAUGGCCAUCAUGGCGAUUUAGUGGAUGCCGAUGAUUUGUAUUUACAUAAUUUGGAUAUUGGCUAUCAUCAUGAUGGGACAGGUCUGCUGCCACAUGAGCUGCCGGAACAUGAUCAUAUUGCACAUCAUUUGGAAAUGCAAACACACGAAGAGUUACUCGAGGAUAUCAGAGAUGAUACCGGCGUUAACAUAAUACCCGACAAAGGCAACAAGAAGCAGCAGCAGCAACAGUGGUAA